CAUCCUGGCUUCACAUGCUCAGCCUGGGUGCGUCAUAUAAAGCUCCGUGCCUUCUUUGUUUACAGUAAAAGGAAGUGAUCGGUGUUCCCGAGCGAGUGUUCGGUCGCUUUGAAGCGCAUUCAGCCAACAAGGACACGUUUAUAGCAGUGUUUAUCACAACGGUCACAUCGCAGCCAUGGUGGCAAUGACGAAGAAGGCGAAAACCUUCCAGAUUACCCUAAUGGAUUCAGGCAAGUCCUUUUACUGCGGCGGGGAGAAGGUGUGCGGUCGGAUAGAGGUAGAGGUGAGCGAGGUGACCCGGGUGUCUACCAUGAAGGUUCUGGCACUGGGCUGCGCAAAGGUGGAGUACGCUAAAGGCAAGCAGCGGUGCCGCCAGGAGGCCGAGUACCUACGCUAUGAAGAGGUCCUGCAAUUGAGCGAGCAGCCCACAGACUCCGAUGGAUCAGUUGUCCUAAGGCCUGGCAACAAAUAUGAGUACACAUUUGGAUUUGACCUUCCUCAGCAAGGGCAGCUGGUGUCUUCAUACAAGGGGAAGUUUGGUUAUGUCCACUAUUAUAUAAAGGCCCUGAUGGAGAGGCCACAGCUGCCUACCCUGGAGUGCAAGAGGUACUUUGAGGUAGAGGAACCUCUGGAUGUCAACACACCAGACCUGUUGUCUCCCGCAGGUGGCACGAAAGAGAAGAAGGUCACCUGCAUGUUCAUUCCUGAUGGCCAGGUGUCGCUGAAUGCAAAAAUUGACCGCCGUGGAUUCUGCGAGGGUGAAGACAUUUGUAUCAACGCAAAGUUUGAGAACACUUGCUCCCGCAUUGUGGUACCCAAAGCCGCCAUUAUCGCCAAACAUACCUACCAGGCCAAUGGCCGUGCCAAAGUCUUCCGGCAGAAGCUGUCCUCAGUCCGUGGAAACCACAUUAUCUCAGGCAUGUGUGACGCCUGGCAGGGAAAGACUAUCAGGGUGCCAAAGAUCAAACCAUCUAUGCUCGGUUGUAACAUCAUUCGUGUGGAGUAUGCACUCAUGAUUUAUGUCCACAUCCCUGGCAGUGAGAAGCUAAUUCUGGAGCUGCCUCUGGUUAUUGGGACUGCUGGCCUUGGCAGCCGUAGCAACAGUGUCAGCAGCCAAGAGGGUUCAGUCAGCAAUGCGUCUCAGAGUUGGGUGUCCCUCAGGAUGCCCUCUGAGCCUCCAAGUUAUUGUGACAUCACCAAGGACUGCCGCCUGGACCAGCCCCUUACCCCCCUGCUGGAUGAUGUUGACUGUGAUGACAGUCCCAUCUUCAUGAAUGCACCCAGCUUUCAGUUCCCAUCACCUCCAGAAUACACUGAGACGGAGGAGGAGUACAACGGGAAUUCAUGAAUGCUGCCUGUCUGCUGAAGUUCAUCAGAAUCCUGGAGAUGUGUUUAACCUCUCAGGGACUAUUCUUCAAAGGCACUUAAAAAAGGAGUUGUGGGAUUCCCACGCCAGAUGAGAUGGUAUGGUGGAUGUAAAGCCAGAGAUGUAAAGAUCCAGAAAGAUUCUUGCCCAUCAUGUGCUUCUUCACCUAUGUUGAUCCAAAUGCUUCCUUCUGGUGCUUUGUCACCUAUUCACCUAAGACCAACGAUUCUGAGGCAUGCUACAUUUCUGAGUAAAUCGUUUCUUCCUUAGACUUUUGGGAUCAAGCAUCAGAUGUGUCACACCCGAGCCUGCUGUAAGAUGUUUUAUCUUCAUGGUGAAACUUAUUCAUUCCAAUCAAACCCUGGAUUUUUAAGAGAAAUCACAGGAGGUGUCACAAUUUAGUUUGGGUUACAUACUGUAAAGAAUUUGUUGGGAACAAAUCUUUUUUAGAUAAAAGAAUAACCUUUGACAACAUUCUUACUUCCAUGACCACCAGUGUUUAAGAGUAUCAUUUAUUCCUUAAUUUAAGUAAAAUUUUCUUUGUUCUGUACCACUACUGUUGACUACUUUUAUUUGAUGCUUGUUGGUUUUUGAUAUGAAAGGCAAAUGUAUUUCCAGGGGAGGAAUCAGCUUUGUUAGAAAAAAAAAAUCUACAUUGAUUUAGAUUUACCACUGCAAGUGCCAAAAGUAAAACAAGCAGCAAAAGUGUUCAGAUUUCUCUUUUAUAAAGCACUUUAUGUGAACACAAGCUUUGUAUGCAACUUGUAGUUAUCUAAGAUAGCAUUUCACAUUAGCAUCUGCUUUGUGCUCGUUCUUUGAUUUCUGAACUUUGAGGGCCUCAGUUUAGUUUUUUGUGUAAGACUGUUUGUAUAUUUGGAAUGCCUUAUCUGUACUUGAGCUAUUUUUGUAUGGAACCCUAUGGGUAAUUUUUAAAAAAAAAUAAAAACAUUUAAAAUAA